CCUCGACACCGUCCUAUUUGACCUUCUUUGAUCUCUCAACUGCAACACAUGUGACUUGAUUUAUACUUUUCACAGAUACACAUCGUCAUGAAGAUCGCAGGCCACACUUUUAUCAUCUCUGGCGGCGCGUCUGGCCUGGGACAGGCCUGCGUGGAGGACAUAUGCAAGAAUGGAGGAAACGUCGCCAUUCUGGAUAUGAAUGAAGAUAGUGGCAAUGAGUUGGUGGCCAAGCUGGGCUUAUCUGCCAAGUUCUUUGUCUGCGAUGUCCUGGACACCAAGAGCAUCGAGGCCGCUGUCCAGGGCACCGCCGCUUGGGUUAAGGAAUCCGGUAAACCUGUUGGAGGCGUCAUCCCAGCGGCCGGUGUUGGGAACCCUUCAUCUAUCCUCGACCGCCAUGGCGAGCCCUUCGGCCUUGACGCCUGGGACUUUGUCCUCAACAUCAACCUGCGCGGCACCAUCGACCUCACCCGCCAGGCUCUAGCUCUCAUGGCAAAGAACGAGCCCUCAACACCCGACGGCGAGCGCGGCAUCGUCAUCAUGGUCGCAUCCUCCGCAGCCUUUGACGGCCAAAAGGGCCAGGUCGCCUAUGCUGCGAGUAAAGGUGCCGUCGCAGCAAUGACCCUACCCAUGACCCGUGACCUCGCUCGCUUCGGCAUCCGCGUUGUCACCAUCGCCCCGAGUCUAUUCGAGUCAAGGAUGACUUCCAUGAUGUCCGACAAGGUUCGCGCUAGCCUCGAGCGCUCCAUGGAGUUCCCCGUACGUGCGGGCAAGCCUGAGGAGUUUGCGGCACUGGCCCGACAUGCUAUCGAGAACGUGAUGCUCAACGGGACGGUGUUGAGGUUAGAUGGUGGCAUGCGGAUGCCGAGUAAGAUGUAGUCUAGUUGCGUUAAGUUAACACAGUCAUACAUGUUCGUGCACGACAUGACAGCCGGUGAAAAUAAAAUGUACAUCGUUUUUCAGGUGCUUGAAUGCUGGAAUGAUAUCCUUCAGUCCAUUGAUAAGUUUGACGGCAUAUCUAGUAGUAAGGUAGAGUUGGUAGUGGUUGUAGACUAGAUCUUGUCCUGGCGCAAGACACAUCCUCUUACACAGUUAUACAGGUGCCCGGAACAGAACACAAGCGAUCAUUGGAACGAAAGUAACCCCUAAAACACUGACAUAUCCGCGGAAAUGAUCCCCAGCCAGAUCCAGACAAAGCUGCGAAAUCGUGCAGCGAAUCACCAUACGCAUAUCUUCCGAGACACCACGCAACCAUCCACUGUCAACUUCCGCAUGUCG